AUGCUUGGAGCCAACAUCUUUCAACGUCAAGCCAAGGGUGUGAGCAAGACCACCACACCUAAGUUCCAGAAGAUGAAGCUCAUGACCCGUAUGACCUACAACAAGAUUGAGGGACCUUUCGAGGUGUCCCUUGACGACACCAUCAAGUUCGUGGAGAAAGAUGGCAUCGACUCCACCGCUGUUACCGUUCAACUCCCAGGAGGGGAACUUCUGCCUUUCCUCUUCACCAUCAAGCAACUCAUGGCAUUGGCAAAUCCAGAGAACCAUUGCACUGUUUUUGGUUUGAGGAAUUUCUUGAUGUCGAAAAUUUAUUUGACUACCAGUUUUCAAGAAGCUUUUAAACUUACAUCACAGGACGGUCGAGAUCGGUCGGCCUCUUCAUCGCUAUCAAUCAUGCUUGAUCGUCGCGGUGGAGAUCGGUCGGUCUCUUCGUCGCCAUCGCUGUCACCGUCGUCGUGGUGA